AUGCCUCCUCCGGUCACCAUUUCCUCCGCUCCUCUUUCCCCUCCUCUCCUGACUCCCACUCUUCUGCCCGACGCUUCGGUGGAGGACUACGAAAAGGCCAUCGAGGUGGAGCGCAAGAAACACGAGAAGAUUCUUGCUGCUAAGCAGAGGAUGCUGGCCGAGUACGAGAAGAUUCAGCGCGCUUGCGACGAGGCGCAGCUGGCUUUCGAGCAGUUCCCGGGUGAGGAGUUCGAGCAGCCCAGCAGCCCCGCCCACAGCACCACCAAGGAGGACCAGUUGCAGGUCCCUUCCUCGAGCGAUCCUUCUACUUCGUCCAAGCCGCCUCGCAUGCGUUCCCGCUCCUCGCUGAACGCUGAGGCGCCGGAGUUCAUUCCAAGCUUCUUCCGUGAGGGGAAGACGGACAAGUCCUCGUCUGCUUGA